AUGGUUCCCCUACCACCUAACGCUACUUCGGCCAUCAGCUCCACCGCUCCCGCCUCCUCCGCCGCUGCUGCCACCUCGAAUGGGCUUGUUGUCGCCUUAAUGGGCCCAGUGAAUUCCUUUUGGGCUAUGUGGAGGAAGAAACCUAAUCAUCGAAGUAACAAAACCAAAAAAUCAGGUGAAAAUUCAUCGCUAGCGAAAUCGAAGAAAUUUCUGGCGAAGAUAAGCGGUAAGGCUACUAAUUUUAUGCGUAAGAAAAAAGCUAAGAAUGGGGAAGGUGAAUAUGGUGAGGAUUUUGGCGAUGGAGGGCUGUGGCAGAAGGAGAUUUUGAUGGGCGAUAAAUGUCAGCCGUUGGAUUUCUCCGGCGUGAUUUAUUAUGAUCGGAACGGGAAACAAUUGGCGGAGGUGCCGGUAAGAUCGGCGAGGAGUAGUCCUUUGCCCUGUUAUGUUAACGGAUCAUUCAGAGAUUAA